AUGUUCAAGCAUAGUAAUAUUACAACUGGCUUGAUGAACCCGUUAUGUUCCAACAAUACCGAAAUCGUGAACAAUUUUCUAACACAGACUUGUUUGAAUAACUGCAGUGGCAAUGGGGCUUGUUCAGACAAAGGAAACUGUGUAUGCAAUGAUCCUUACCGUGGACCUGACUGUGGCAUAGAUUUAAGAAUUCCGCCUAUUGUUAACGAUGUAGAAGGAGGCGGCAUAUGUGAUAUUGCUACUGGCAGUGACUGUGAAUGCUUCGUUAUCAGGACGAAUAACAUAUUUGACGGUUUUAUGUGCAAUUUCAGUAUCUAUAUGGUCUUCUUCAAUGGUACACGCUCACAAGUAGGACAUGUCCAACAAGCUGGCGAAUAUGAAGACAUCUUCACAGGUAUUUGUUGUGUGACUGGAGAAGUAACAGAACUCUCAGAGAAUAUCGCAGACCCUUUCGUUGUUAUGUACGAUCUAUCUGUCAGCAAUGACGGAGUGAACUAUGGUGUAACGAUUCCUGUUUAUGUCUAUGACACGACGUGUAUUCAACAUGUUUUGAGAAAUGAGAAUACAAAUGUGGAAAUAAAGGCUGGACACUGCUUCAUUGAUAACACUUGUAUUAAACAAGGAUCAACUGAGCAAGGCGGUGACAAGUGUAGUGUUUGUAACCCAGAUAUGCAGCCAUUUAGAUGGUACAAAGGUAAAUGUGAUGACGACAGGAAUGAAUUAACGUCAGCGACGUUGAUUGGAAUCAUAAUUGGGUCUGUUCUGGGUUUUGGUAUUUUUCUAUUAGUAACAUCCAUGUUACUUUGCAAAGCGAUAAAGAAAUGCAGAACUGUUCCGGAUAUGCAGUCUUCUAUUCAAGCACCUAUAAGUCUGCAUGAGUUUGAACCUUACAGAAAGGAGGGCAUCUCAAAUAUAAAGGAUGGAAUGUAAAAUACAGCGGACGUUGGAAUCAGUAGUUUCGUUGAUGUUAGUGACAAUAACGUAGUUCAAGGCAAGAAUACUUUGUAACACUUGCAACCAUCCAAUGGUGGAAGCGGCAAAUGCCUAGAGUGACUGAAGAAGUUUUCGAUGCUGUAAACACUGAAUCAUCCAAAGUAGAGUUGAGAGAGGAAUGCCAUCUAUAUUUGUAAAAGUGUAUUACAUAUUCGACAAUGUUAGCAAAAACGUAAACUUAUGCAUAAUUAUUAUCGUAAUUUUAACAGUAUAUAUUUAUGGUUUAUUGAAAAAAGUAUCAACUGCUGUCUAUAUUUAUUAUUCAUCAACUGUAUUAUGUGAAAUUUUAUGUUUUGAUAAUAAAAAAUGUGUAUAGUAAAAUGCCA